CAAAACAGAGGCUUUCUUCAUAUUUCCUAUGCUCGAGUCACAAUAUGGACCGAUAAGUAGACGGUGAUAGGAUUUUAAAGCCUUCUGACUGCGACAGCUCUUCAUUCAUCUCCCCUUACCUCUUGGAACACACUGUCUUCAAGGAUAACUGCAAAACAACCACCGUUGCCAAGAGUGCGGCCCAGGCACGAGCCCACGACCGCAACGUCAGGCACCAUGAUGGAGGGGGGCAUGCAGCUGCUCAACCGUGAUGGCCACAGCAUCUCGCACAACUCAAAGCGCCACUACCACGACUCCUUCGUGUCCAUGAACCGGAUGCGACAGCGUGGCUUGCUAUGCGACAUCGUCCUUCAUGUCUCCAACAAAGAAAUCAAGGCGCACAAAGUGGUGCUGGCGUCCUGCAGUCCAUACUUCCACGCUAUGUUUACCAAUGAGAUGUCUGAGAGUCGUCAGACCCACGUGACCCUUCACGACAUUGACCCUCAGGCUUUGGAGCAGCUGGUCCAGUAUGCCUACACAGCAGAGAUUGUGGUCGGGGAAGGAAAUGUGCAGACACUGCUCCCAGCAGCGAGCCUGUUGCAGCUCAAUGGGGUGCGGGACGCCUGCUGUAAGUUCCUCCUCAGCCAGCUGGACCCCUCAAACUGCCUGGGCAUCCGAGGCUUCGCUGACACACACUCCUGCAGCGACCUGCUCAAGUCAGCACACAAGUAUGUCCUGCAGCACUUUGUGGAGGUGUCCAAGACUGAGGAGUUCAUGCUGCUGCCACUGAAACAGGUCCUAGAUUUGAUCUCCAGUGACAAUCUCAAUGUGCCAUCUGAGGAAGAAGUGUACCGAGCCGUGUUGAGUUGGGUAAAACACGAUAUAGAUGGACGCAGGCAACAUGUACCUUGGCUGAUGAAGUGCGUGCGGCUGCCAUUGUUGAGGCGAGACUUUCUGAUGAGCAACGUAGACACGGAGCUGCUGGUGCGUCACCACUCGGAGUGCAAAGACCUGCUAAUCGAGGCCCUAAAGUAUCACCUGAUGCCGGAGCAGAGGGGUGUCCUAAGCAACAGCCGGACGCGCCCACGACGCUGUGAAGGCGCCAGCCCUGUGCUCUUCGCCGUUGGUCAGUGUGCAUCUGAAGGUGGUGGCAGCUUGUUUGCUAUCCACGGAGACUGCGAGGCGUACGACACCAGAACAGACCGUUGGCACAUGGUGGCGUCCAUGUCCACUCGGCGGGCACGGGUGGGCGUGGCAGCAAUUGGGAACAGACUAUACGCUGUUGGAGGCUAUGACGGCACCUCUGACCUUGCAACCGUGGAGUCCUAUGACCCUAUCACUAACUCCUGGCAACCUGAGGUUUCCAUGGGAACACGACGGAGCUGUCUAGGCGUAGCUGUCCUGCAUGGCCUGCUGUACGCUGCGGGGGGUUACGAUGGAGCUUCCUGUCUCAAUAGUGCAGAGAGGUACGACCCUCUGACCAGCACAUGGACCUCAAUCGCUGCUAUGAGCACUCGUAGGAGAUAUGUUCGAGUAGCAACUCUGGAUGGCAGCUUGUAUGCGGUGGGAGGUUAUGACAGCUCCUCACAUCUCGCAACAGUGGAGAAAUAUGACCCCCAGAGCAACACGUGGACCGCCAUCGCCAACAUGUUGAGUCGACGCAGCAGUGCCGGGGUGGCUGUGCUCGACGGCAUGCUUUACGUCGCAGGAGGCAAUGAUGGCACCAGCUGCCUGAACUCAGUGGAGCGCUUCAACCCCAAGACCAACACCUGGGAAGGAGUUGCCGCCAUGAAUAUACGCAGGAGCACUCAUGACCUGGUGGCUAUGGAUGGCUGGUUAUACGCAGUUGGAGGCAAUGAUGGCAGCUCCAGUCUCAACUCCAUUGAAAAGUACAACCCACGCAGCAAUAAAUGGGUCGCAGCCUCCUGCAUGUUCACACGGCGCAGCAGCGUGGGUGUGGCUGUGCUGGAGCUCCUGAACUUCCCGCCACCUUCCUCGCCCACCCUCUCGGUUUCUUCCACCAGCCUUUGACACGGGGUCAUUGUUUGGCUGACCUCAGCCUCUGCUGCUACAGCCCAGACUGGCUCUGGGAAGAGACGCAACUGCUCUGUUUGAAACAAAGAAGAUGAGGAGGAAGAGCGCUGGUGGUUGGACAGGUAAAUGUGUGGAGGCGAGGGGAACAGAUGGGCUGAGGCCUCGGUGUAGUGUGCUUCAGAAUUAGUGGCAGUGUUGGUGAAGAUUAGUGCACCAUAAUUAAAAAAACAAACAAACAUGCUGGUAAUGAAUUUAAAGAUCUAUGUUGUUUUCACUGAUUAUAGGAUACUGUAAUGUACAGUAUUUCACAAGUUAAUUUUUUGUUAUAUCAACAAAAAGUCCUUUAAAAAAAAUCAACAAAACUUUCAGUUUUGUGCAUUUGCAGCUUCAGAUACAUUCUUAGCCUCAUUGAUUAUAUUAAUUUGAGGUUGAAUGAACAAAAACCGGGCUUACUGCAUUGCAUGUUCUAAAUUUCCUCUAACAAUCUGGCUGUUUUCAAUAUUCCCCUUAAUUCUGGACUACGCUAUAUCUGGCCUUGGUACCUCCACUGUAUAGCCAUACAGAUACCGGCUCCCUCCCAUAUGUGAACAUUGACCAAUCGUUCUUCAAAGCCCCACUUUUUAAAAAAAUUAUUAUUUUUUUCCCACCGCUCUGGUGUUUGACACACCUAAAAACACGGUUGUCCCUUAAUUCUGUCGUGUGUGAUGUAAAUGUAUUUGGUUUGAUGUUGCGGUCUCGCUGCAAGGUUUUUCUUUGACACCCAGAGGUUUUGCAAUAAUGUAUUUAAAAAAACAAAAACAAAAGAGAGAGAGAGAUAAGCUGAAUGAUUUAUUUUGGAAUGUAGAUUUUUACUGGUUGUACCAUGCAUGUUUAUGUACUGGCACCAACAAGAUAGGAAAAAAAAAAUAUAUAUAUAUAUAUUGUAGUGCUGCUUUGCCACACUAGGUGGCAGUAACAGGCAAUGUUGUAAACCCUCACUGCAAGAGCGCAUGGACACCAACAGCAUAGAAAAGCUAGGCCCUCAAAACUGUAAAUGAGUUUGGAUCCAUUUUCUUUUUUCUUUCUUUCUUUUUUUUUUUUUUUUUUUUUUU